AAUUACAAAAAAAGAGUGAUACAACAGAGAAUUACUGCACCAAAAGUUGCAAAUGUUACAGAUGUAAAAGUUGCAGCAGAUUUGGGGUCGAAAUGCCUGGUGUGGUGUGUGUAGGCGGCGAUGUCACCGCCGACGGUGAAGCCGGGACUCGUUCAACUCGACCCAUGUGCUCCUAGAUGCAAGCCUAAUAUGAAAACACCACCGUAUAAUUUUUAAAAGAAGACGUAUGAGGUAGCGGGAAAAAGUAACGUGAAAAUGCUUGGAUAUGCGUGGGCUAGAUUCAACAUAUUCUUUUACUAAUCUACUCCUGGUAAGCAAUAGGCAUUUUUUUUUUUUUUUUGACAAAGUAAGCCAUAGGCAUUUAAUAAUGAUAUAAAUGGGAAAACGCCGACAAAGAAGCAGGAAACAAAUUGUAUCAGUACAAAGUGCAUCAGAUAGAAAUCUUAAUUGUUUUCCAUCAUUUUGAACUAAUGGCUUUUGUGUUAUGGCAAACGUUGAAAGAAUCAAUCACAGCAUCCGCAGAACUCUCAGCUGUGACUUUGCUUAAAUCUCUAACUUUGGGACUUGCCUUGUUCUAUGCUAUUUGGGUGAUGUUUGGGCUCUCUGCUCACCCACAGCAGCAAGUCUCAGUGGUGGAAGACAAGAGUGAAGUUACAGUGGAUACUACAACUAGUCAAUUAGCAACUGUCACUUCAUCCCCUUUAUGGGAUGUCUUUUUGAGUUUUCGUGGCCAAGACACUCGCGGAAAUUUCAUUUCACAUCUUUACCAUGCUUUGGAUCAGGCCGGGAUCAGAACCUUCAAAGACGAUCCUGCACUGGAAAAGGGUGAAGAAAUUUCAUCAGCUCUGCGUCAAGCAAUCAGAAAUUCUAAAAUGUUUCUACUUGUUAUCUCAACGAACUAUGCUGAUUCGUCAUGGUGCCUUGAUGAGCUUGUAGAGAUCCUGAGUUGCAAGAGAACAAAGAAUCAGGUUAUUCCAGUAUUUUACCAUGUGAAUCCAUCAGAUCUACGACACCACAAAGGGAGUUUUGGCGUAGCUCUUAAAAAGCAUGAGAAGCGUCACUCUGUUGAUAGGAUUCACAAGUGGAAAUCCGCGCUUACUGAAAUCGCAGCUCUGUCAGGAUACCAUUUGGAAGACGGAAAAGAGAGUGAAGCAGAUACAAUUCAAAAUAUUGUUGAUAAUGUAUUGUCACAAGCAUCCACAAAGGUCGUACACCUUGAAAGAGGUCUAUUUGGGAUAGAUCGUGCUGUUGAAGAGAUAUAUAGACAACUAAGCAUAGAGUCAAGUGAUGUUCGUGCCCUUGGAAUAUGUGGGAUGGGUGGAAUUGGGAAAACAACUAUAGCCAAGGCUUUCUACAAUAACUACGCCCACGAAUUUGAUGUAAGUUGUUUUAUGGAAAAUAUGAAACAGAAUUCACAAGAAGCUAGUCCUCUACUUUCUUCACUUCAACAACUCUUGAAAGAGCUUCUCAGAGCUAAGGAUUUUAAGGUCCGUGAUUUUGGAAGUGCACUACGAAAAUUGAGAGAGAUUCUAAGUUCUAACAAAGCUCUCAUUGUUUUUGAUGAUUUGGACCAGCCAAAUUAUUCGGAAUUCGUAGUGGAGAUUUGCAAGCUGUUGUCCGAUGGUAGCAGAAUGAUAAUUACGGCAAGAGAUUUAAACCUGCCAAAUCAACUGAAAGUUGAAAUGUCAAAUGUAGGGAUAUAUAUGGUGAAGCAUCUGAAUCAAACUGGAGCUCUUUAGCUAUCAUGCUUUUAAAGUAUCAAAGCCUCCUGGGAAAUACUUAGCUCUAUCUGAAAGUUUUGUUACUUAUGCGGGAGGCCUUCCACUAGCUCUAAAGGUGUUGGGUUCAUCUUUGUGUGGUAGGACAAAUGUGUUAUUUUGGAAAGUUAAGUUGGAAAAAGUUCAAAAAAUUCCAAUGGAAAAUAUCCAAAGGAUCCUACAACUGAGUUACGAUGAGUUAGAAGAUGACACACAGAGGGCUAUUUUCCUUGAUAUUUUAUUCUUCUUCCUCGAAAAGAACAUAGAUGAACCUAUUGAUGUAUUUAAAUCAUGUGAUUUUUUUCCGGAGGCUGGGAUACCAAUUCUAGUUGAAAGAUGUCUACUAACCAUUGAUUCCAAUAAUAGGUUUCAAAUGCAUAAUCUUAUACAAGAUAUGGGAAGGAAUGUCAUUCGUGAAGAAUCUAAACAUGCCCGGUUCAGGGUCUUGCACUUGGAUCACGAAGAAGCUUCUCAGGCUUUGCCAAAUACAUGGGAAAUGGAUAAAAUUGAAGGCCUCAUUAUAGAUGGUA